UAAAUGGCAGAGGGUUAUUUUGAGAAGGGAGUGACAGCGCCUAGCCCGGUGGCGCUCAGGGAGUGCUGGCUUUUAUUACCCUGUGCCAGGCACUGGGGAUACCACAGGCAGGGGACUGGGCCCUGGUCUCAGGGAACUGGAGCGUGGGAGGGGAGGCAGACCUGUGAGCCCACAAUUAUAACGCAGGGUGCUAUGGGAGCCUAGCCUAAAAUGGAUAAGUAGUGGCACGUGAAAAAAGGCUUGUGCCUGGCACGUACUAGGGAUGCAGUAAGUCUUUAUUGAGCAAAUGAAAGAACAGUCUGUAGGUGGUUCAGCCCCCUCCCCCUCUCUUGGCUUGUCCCAGCAGAUGGUUAAGGCACUCUAUUGAAUUUGGGACAAAGGCCAGCAAGGCUGAUCUUGACAGUCUCCCCCUUCUCACUUCUGAUGGCCAUCCUCGCUGAGAAACUGGAGUUUUAGGUCAGAAUCAAAAUGGGCAUCUCUAUGGGGAGAAAGUGUUCGCACAAGUGUUCUUAGUCUGCUCUUGACUCCUCGACUUCAGAUGUACCAAUGUGUGUUAUGUGCACUUGAGCAUGUUUCAGGGGAGAGGAGCAGUGGAUUCCAUCAGUUUCUCAAGAGUUUAGCACCCCAAAAUGGUUAAGAACACCAGCUUAGCAGUCGAUGUUCCCUGAAAGGAAUCAACUUGGCAAGGUUGUUCCUCUAAUGCUCCCUGUCACCACACACCUGAUUUUCACUGCUAAAAAAAGUGUGUUUGCACAUUGCUGUGCAAGAGUAGUGUUUUGUUUUGAUUGUAAGUAUUUGUCUUAUUUUCCCCACCAAACCGCCCAGUGGUACUGAGCCCUCUGUUGGCCUGCCUGUGGUUGCCGUGGUUCAGGGCUUCGUAUACAGUGGCUGUGCAGUUACUGUAAUUACUUUAACUGACCUCAGUGGUGUGUGUAAGGAGAACAGCCCAGAAGGCAGGCCCAGAUGGGGCAUCCUUUGUUCUGAGUUGGACGUAAAUUCAUGCCCUUACUGAACUUGGGUCUAGCUACUUUGGGAACCCAGCCAAUGUCAAGUUCUAAUCAUGACAUGGUCUUUUUGGAGUAGCAUGAACUCAGGAGAAAUCUGGCUCUUUGUCGAGCCCUCACCCCAUCCAUCCUGCACACAGACUGUUCCAAGUAACAGGAGAUGUUCUAGGCAGGGCCAGGCCAAGCUAUUCCUUCUUUGGAGAGUGAUCCAGUGACACUGAACGUCUGUUGGCCGCCUCUCCCCAACGCCUGCAGUCUCUGGCCCCUGAGUGCCCCUCCUUCCAUCCGCCUUCUACAGCUAGAGCCUCAGCCCUCCCUCUCGCCUGGAAGCCUUUCCCCCGCCCCCUUGUGCUGCCUCCAGCUCUGGCUCUAGGCUCUUCCUUUGUCAUAGCUCCGCCCAGUCGGGACACACUCGCUGGGGAAGUUUUCUGUGUUUCUUCCCCACUCACGCUGGGUCUAAGCUGGCAGAGAUGGACCAUCCAAAACCCAGGGUUUUCCUAGCCAGGCACCACUGCCCCUCCCUAGGAAUACGGGCCUUGGGGGCUGGCAGUGUGAGGUUCUCUGUGCCGCCCUCCAUCAGCAGGAACCCUGCCAUGGUGAACGAACCCAGAGGGAAUGAUGGCCCCCACCCCCGCUCGGAGGGCAGCAGUAGUGGCAGCGAGAGCUCCAGGGAUAGUUCGAGAUGUUCCACCCCGGGGCUGGACCCCGAGCGGCAUGAGAGACUCAGGGAGAAGAUGAGGCGGAGGAUGGAUUCUGGUGACAAGUGGUUCUCCCUCGAAUUCUUCCCUCCUCGGACUGCCGAGGGAGCUGUCAAUCUCAUCUCAAGGUUUGACCGCAUGGGGGCAGGUGGCCCCCUCUUCGUAGAUGUGACUUGGCACCCAGCAGGGGACCCUGGCUCCGACAAGGAGACCUCCUCCAUGGUGAUCGCCAGUGCCGCUGUGAACUACUGUGGCCUGGAGACCAUCCUGCACAUGACCUGCUGCCAUCAGAGCCGGGAGGAGAUCACUGGCUAUCUGCACAAGGCCAAGCGGCUGGGCCUGAAGAACAUCUUGGCGUUGAGGGGAGACCCCAUAGGUGACGAGUGGGAAGAGGAGGAAGGAGGCUUCAGCUAUGCUGCAGACCUGGUGAAGCACAUCCGAAGCGAGUUUGGUGACUACUUUGACGUCUGUGUGGCAGGUUACCCCAAAGGCCACCCUGACGCAGGGAGCCUUGAGGCCGACUUGAAGUACUUGAAGGAGAAGGUGUCUGCGGGAGCCGACUUCAUCAUCACUCAGCUUUUCUUUGAGGCUGACACGUUCUUCCGUUUUGUUAAGGCUUGCUCCGAGAUAGGCAUUACCUGCCCCAUCCUCCCCGGCAUCUUUCCUAUUCAGGGCUACCACUCCCUUCGGCAGCUUGUGAAGCUGUCCAAGCUGGAGGUGCCGCAGCAGAUCAAGGAUGUGAUCGAGCCGAUCAAAGACAACGACGCUGCCAUCCGCAGCUAUGGCAUCGAGCAGGCCGUGAGCCUGUGCCGGGAGCUUCUGGCAAGUGGCUUGGUGCCGGGCCUCCACUUCUAUACCCUCAACCGCGAGGUGGCCACCAUCGAGGUGCUGAAGCGUCUGGGCCUGUGGAUCGAGGACCCCAGGCGUCCCCUGCCCUGGGCUGUCAGUGCCCACCCCAAGCGCCGGGAGGAAGAUGUACGUCCCAUAUUCUGGGCCUCCAGGCCGAGGAGUUACAUCUACCGCACCCAGGACUGGGAUGAGUUCCCCAACGGCCGCUGGGGCAACUCCUCCUCACCGGCCUUCGGGGAGCUGAAGGACUACUACCUCUUCUACCUCAAGAGCAAGUCCCCGAGGGAAGAGCUGCUAAAGAUGUGGGGCGAGGAGCUGACCAGUGAAGAGAGUGUCUUUGAAGUCUUUGCCUGCUACCUCUCGGGAGAGCCCAACCAGAACGGCUACAAAGUGACUUGCCUGCCCUGGAAUGACGAGCCCUUGGCAGCUGAGACGAGCCUGAUGAAGGAGGAGCUGCUGCGAGUCAACCGGCAGGGCAUCCUCACCAUCAACUCCCAGCCCAACAUUAACGGGAAGCCGUCCUCCGACCCCACUGUGGGCUGGGGCCCCAGCGGGGGCUAUGUCUUCCAGAAGGCCUACUUAGAGUUCUUCACCUCCCGCGAGACAGUGGAAGCGCUUCUGCAAGUGCUGAAGAAGUAUGAGCUCCGGGUCAACUACCACAUCGUGGAUGUGAAGGGUGAAAACAUCACCAAUGCCCCUGAGCUGCAGCCCAACGCCGUCACUUGGGGCAUCUUCCCUGGGCGCGAGAUCAUCCAGCCCACAGUGGUGGAUCCUGUCAGCUUCAUGUUCUGGAAGGAUGAGGCCUUCGCCCUGUGGAUCGAGCAGUGGGGCAAGCUGUAUGACGAGGAGUCCCCGUCACGCAUGAUCAUCCAGUACAUCCACGACAACUACUUCCUGGUCAACCUGGUGGACAAUGAGUUUCCGCUGGACAACUGCCUGUGGCAGGUGGUGGAAGACACAUUUGAGCUUCUCAACAGGCCCACCCCGAAUGAGAGGGAGAUGGAGGCUCCGUGACUCUGCACCAACAUCCUUAAUUUGAGGCUGCUAUGUCCCACCUCCCUCCUCCCCAGUCCUGGUUCUCCUGGGGACCCCUAUUCUCCUUCAUUUCUCCCCAAGCCCUGGCCUCCACUUCCCCACAUGAUGAUGGCAGCUAGACUGGUGUGAGGCUUCUGGGCUCUGGCUGGACCUGAGUCAGCCCCACGCGGAGCCCUGUGUUCCCUGCUCAGCCAGGACUUGUGCUCUUUUGUGGGGAGCACCUCCGUCCUGCAGAGGAGCACGGUGGGCGGAGCAGCAUCCUCCCUGAGAGGGGAGACCAGCUGUUGGAUGAGCCCUGGCACCAGGGCAGCCCCUGGGAGCCUGCCUGGGACUGCAGUGACCUUGCACUUGGGACCUGUGGAGGACGAGCAGAGUGAACACAGGCAGCAGGCACGGUGGUUUUCCAGGGGGACAUGGCAAAGCGAAGGUGCUACACCCUUCUGCCUCCUAGACGUUGGCAGCUGGGCACUAGUUACUUGUGACUGAGGGGCAGACCACUGCACUGCCUACCUCCUGCCCUGCCGAGGUACCAGCCCCCGGACAGGCCUUGGGCUGAAACCUAAUAAUGCAUUUCUUGCCCCCUUCUACCUGAGCUCAGCUGGGUUUCACCUUUCUGCAGUGCUGCUGCUUGAAACCGUCAUCUCUGCGUCCUGGAGGCUGGAGAGGCGCGCCUCCCAAGGGUUAGAGGCAUCUGAAGCCUUGUGCUUGGUGGAGCCCUUGGCCUUCCCUGUUUGCCCUUUUUCCCCUGGCCAUGAAGAAAUACCCUGCCCCUUACCAUCAGGGGCAAAGAUGGGCUCUCCCGAGCGGGGCUUCUUCCUGGCUUAUGUUUUAGGUGGGACCCCCUCCUGCCAGCUGCUCCCUUCCUCUGUGCACCCCGUCCCAGAGCUGUCUGCCUGGCCUUGCUCCCCAGGAGUCAGCCCUCCAGGCUCCUGCCUAGGGGCGGUGACUGGCGGAUGCACGUAGGCUGUUCC